AUGACCAAUAUACACAUGAAUAGAACACUACGAACAUUUGGAUCCCUUAUAAAGAGGAGGAAUUAUUCUAUUAACUACUUGGUAUCGUCGAUUCCUAAACCAAAAACUUCAUAUAAACCAGAAAACUCAGAAAAACCUAUAGUCAAGAAGGCUUCUCGACCAAAGAAACAAGCUCAGCGUCCAGUAGCAUUUGAUGAAAAGUUACUUCUUGGUGGAUUCAAACCAUACACUGCAGGACAAUAUUCCCGAGCUCAGCAUUUCUUCAAAUCGGCAAAACCAACAUUAUCUUGGACAUUAGCAGAUUAUGAUGAAAUCCCGGAUGUCAAGUAUGAAAAAUUGGCAAAACAGAGAGAAGAGAAAUACGGGAACCUUGAUCCAUAUUUUAAGAACGAAACCACAGAAAACAUGCUAAACUCUAGGAAAACAUUUGGUAUUAAACCUGAUCUUUUACAGCCGUUACCCGAAGUCUUGUUGAUUGGUCACACGAAUGCUGGAAAAUCGUCACUUAUAAAUCGUCUCCUUCUUGACAAGCAAAAAUUGAAAAGAUCUGAUCAGUUGGCGUAUGUUUCUGCUCGUGCUGGGUUUACAAAAACUAUGAACUGUUUUACUGUUUCCAAUAAAUUAAGAAUUGUUGAUUCACCUGGGUUUGGGUGGCAUGGUGAAGAAGUUCAAGGAAAAAUGGUUAUUGACUACAUUGAAAGGAGAAACGUUUUGAAAAUGGUCUACUUUUUAAUCGACACCACAGUAGGAUUAAGGGAAGAAGAUACGGUCAUUAUUGAUCAUUUAAUAGAACUGGGUGUGCCGUUCAGUUUGAUUUUCACUAAAGUUGACAACAGAAAGACAGUAGAGAAAUUGAUAGCAACUUUUGAUUUUACUUGCAGAAAGUUUAUUUCUGACGAAAAAGGUAUCAAGGAUAUCAGGGUCAGUAUGCUAGAAGCCACUGAACUUUAG